AUGACGCAGCUGAGUGUGCGGCGCUGGACCACCAAACACGUGGCCAAAUGGCUAAAGGAGGAGGGCUUCUGUGACUAUGUGGACCUGCUCUGUAACCGUCACCGGCUGGACGGCACCAGCCUCUUGGCCCUGAGCGAAUACGACUUGCGCUCGCCGCCCCUGGAGCUCAAAGUGCUGGGAGACAUCAAACGCCUCAUGGUCUCCAUCCGAAAACUACAGAAGCAAAACCUGGACGUGCUGGAAGAGCUGGGGCUGCCCUUCGACGGACACUCGCCCACAGGAGCUGGUCUGGAGUGGCUGUGUAACGGCGACGGCGCGCGGGACUGCGACAGCACGGACACGGCGCCGGUCGGGGAAGAGUACCACACGGGGCAGUACACCAACGGCAAGUACAAGAGCACCCCCCGCAGGCUGGACCCCGAGUACUGGAAGACUGCCCUGAGCUCGGUCUACGUGGUGUUUGUGUUCGGCUUCACAUCCUUCGUCAUGGUGAUUGUGCACGAGAGGGUCCCGGACAUGCGCACCUACCCCCCGCUGCCCGACAUCUUCCUCGACAGUGUGCCUCGUAUCCCAUGGGCCUUUGCGAUGGCCGAAGCCUGUGGGGUCAUUCUGUGUAAUAUCUGGCUGAUGGUUCUGCUGCUUCACAAACACAGGUCCAUUCUGCUACGGCGCUUGUGCAGUCUGAUGGGGACCGUGUUCAUGCUUCGCUGCAUCACUAUGUUUGUGACCUCGCUCUCCGUCCCGGGACAACACCUGCAGUGUUCCAGCAAGAUGUACGGCGACAUGUGGGCCAAGCUGCAGCGAGCCGUGUCCAUCUGGAGUGGCUUCGGGAUGACGCUGACCGGGGUCCACACCUGCGGAGACUAUAUGUUCAGCGGACACACUGUGGUCAUCACCAUUCUCAACUUCUUUGUCACAGAGUACACCCCUCGGAACUGGCACUUCCUCCACACUCUGUCGUGGGUUCUGAACCUCUUCGGGAUCUUCUUUAUCCUGGCGGCGCACGAACACUACUCCAUUGACGUGUUCAUCGCCUUCUACAUCACCACCAGACUCUUCCUCUACUACCACACACUCGCCAACACGCGGGCCUACCAGCAGAGCCGCCGCGCCCGCAUCUGGUUCCCCAUGUUCUCCUUCUUCGAGUCUAACGUCGGAGGCCCGGUCCCAAACGAGUACUGCUGGCCCUUCUCCACUCCGGCCAUCUUGCGCCGGCUGAUAGGGUAA